CCAUCAUACAUUUCAUCCACGAAUCUUUAUAAUUAAAAAUUGAACGAAUCACUUUCUUCUCAAAAAUUAAAAUUCCAUGAAAUUUCGUUCGAUCCAUCCAUCAUACAUUUCAUCCAGGAAUCUUUAUAACCAAAAAUCACUUCUUCUCAAAACGAGAAAUCAAAAUUCCAUGAAAUUUCGCUCGAUCCAUCCAUCAUACAUUUCAUCCACGAAUCUUUAUAACCAAAAAUCGAACGAAUCACUUUCUUCUCAAAAUGAGAAAUCAAAAUUCCAUAAAAUUUCGCUCAAUCCAUCCAUCACAAAUCCCAUCCACGAAUCUUUAUAAUCAAAAAUCGAAUGAAUCACUUUCUUCUCAAAACGAGAAAUCAACAUUCCAUGAAAUUAAUCCACGAAUCUUUAUGACCAAAAAUCGAACGAAUCACUUUCUUCUCAAAACGAGAAAUCAAAAUUCCAUGAAAUUUCGCUCGAUCCAUCCAUCAUACAUUUCAUCCACGAAUCUUUAUAAUUAAAAAUUGAACGAAUCACUUUCUUCUCAAAAAUUAAAAUUCCAUGAAAUUUCGUUCGAUCCAUCCAUCAUACAUUUCAUCCAGGAAUCUUUAUAACCAAAAAUCACUUCUUCUCAAAACGAGAAAUCAAAAUUCCAUGAAAUUUCGCUCGAUCCAUCCAUCAUACAUUUCAUCCACGAAUCUUUAUAACCAAAAAUCGAACGAAUCACUUUCUUCUCAAAAUGAGAAAUCAAAAUUCCAUAAAAUUUCGCUCAAUCCAUCCAUCACAAAUCCCAUCCACGAAUCUUUAUAAUCAAAAAUCGAACGAAUCACUUCCUUCUCAAAACGAGAAAUCAAAAUUUCUCUCGAUCCAUCCAUCACGUCCGUUCGAUCCACGAAUCUUGACGAGCCAGCCUCAAACUCGAAACUUUCCCUCCAAAAUUUUCACUCGAAACGGGAUGGAACGGGAUGCCGUAGUACCUCGUCCACGCUCGGCCAUGCUCGCAGGGAAGGAACGAAAAAGUCGUAGAAAGUCGCGCAACAUGUCUGCCGAUAAUGGGAAUUAGAAUCGCGGUAGGUCGUAUCGUCCGACCUAUGACCCCUCCGUGUCACGUCCUCUCUCCCUCCUGUGGCAACGAUCCCUUGUUGAAAAGUAGCCAGUUCCUCGCCUCGUUGUCGCACAACCGUUCCGAGAGCGCGCGAGCAAGCCGCUUUGGCGUUGUCGUCGCUGUCGAACACGCGCCACGACGCACCGCAAUUCAUCCCGUAAAUUAAAUUAAAUUAAAUUAAAAUCCGUGAAGGGUGGCGAAGGGGGUGGGUGGUGAAGAUCGGCGGCGAGAACAGCGGUGCCUGGCCCCGAUGCUGGCCCCGAGGAGACGAGGGACACGAGUCUAGGAGGAUAUUGGGAUCAGUGGGUUUAAUCGAGGGAAGGAAGCUGGUCGAGGACGUCGAGGACGUUGAACGAAGAUGAUGGCCCAAUUCACCAAGAGGCAAUGGCUCACGUUGAUCGUCAUCAGCAUCGCCGAUUUCGCCAACGCGAUCUGCGUUUCGCUCCAGGCACCGUUUUACCCGCAGGAGGCUGAGAAAAAAGGAGCAUCGCCAUCCGAGUACGGAUUAGUCUUUGGGAUUUUCGAGUUCAUCGUGUUCAUCAUCAGCCCUCUGUACGGACAAUACUUGCACCGAAUCGGGCCAAAGCUGUUGUUCAACGGCGGUAUCCUGACAACGGGCACCUGCGCCAUCUUCUUCGGCCUGUUGGACAAAGUGAACGGCCAUUAUCCGUUCAUAAUCCUUUCGUUCGUGAUUAGAAUCGUGGAGGCAAUGGGGAACGCUGCGUUUCUCACCGCAAGUUUCGCCAUUAUCGCCAAAGAAUUCCCCGAUAACGUGGCCACCACUUUCGCUAGCCUGGAGACAUUCUUCGGUCUGGGCCUGAUUGUUGGCCCAACUGUCGGCGGUAUUCUUUAUCAGGUUGGAGGAUACACGACACCGUUCGUUGUCCUGGGAUCAGCUUUAUUCACAACCGCAGUUAUGACCAUCUUCAUCCUACCGGUUCAUUCGAACAAUAAUCAAACCAAUCCCAACACAGUCGGCGUGAAGAAAGCUUUGAGAAUUCCAGGCGUAUUGAUCGCCACGUCCUCCAUAAUAGCGACCAGCAUGAGCAUAGGAUUUUUGCAAGCGACCCUGGAACCCCAUUUAAGGCAAUUCGACCUGAGCCCUAUAGUUCUGGGCUUAAUGUUCGUGAUUAACGGCGGCACUUACGCCAUCACCGCCCCCGCGUGGGGAUGGCUCUGUGACAAGCACUCGCAUCCGAAAGUAGCCACCGUAGCCGGUUGCAUCCUCGUGGUAAUAGGAUUUAUGUUAGUCGGACCAGCACCUUUUAUACCGUGCCCAACUCUGCUCUGGAUGACGAUCUGCGGUUUGGUUGUUCACGGUUUAGGUAUGGCUGCACAACUGGUUGCCAGUUUCACGGACGCUUUGAGAACGUCCAUACAAUACGGAUUCCCAAAUAAUUUAGAGACCUACGGUCUGAUCAGUGGAUUGUGGACUAGCACGUUCGCCCUCGGAGCCUUCAUUGGGCCCAGCGUGGCAGGAAUUUUAUUGGACAAUAUUGGAUUCAGAAAUGCCACCAUGUUCAUCGUACUGCUUCACAUGCUAGUUGGCGCAAUAGCAGCUGUGUUCCUGAGCACGUGCACCCUGAGACGCAAGCCUUACACAGAGAUCAACGCGACUACGGAGGACCCGAGGACACCUUUGACGGACAGUUGCCAAUCUCGAAGCGGAAGUUAUCGGCACCAGCCCUCGCCCAGGGGGGGGCAGGGCGUGCCGAUCGUGGACAGGCCGAGCGGGAUGAAUUCCUUGAUCGUUUGCAACAGUUACUCGAACAGGGCUGGGGCAUGGUCCAGGGCCUCGUACAGCGGCCGUUACUCGCACAGUUACGGCUCGAUCGAGACGAAGAGGUAUCUGGAGAUGACCACGUGACGGGUGUCGUUGUAAAGAAAAAAAAAAAAAAAAAAAAAAAAAAAAAAGGAAAAGAAGAAAAGAAGGAUCGCAACAUCUCGGAUAGGGUCGUGCCCCGCCAGUAUUGUCGCCCCUGAUUUUUACCCGUGAUUUUUCUCGGGUGGAGAGAUUCUCUGUUGACCUGUCGUUGUGAUAAAUAAAUAUAUGUACGGUCGAUUCUCGAAAAGGAAAAAGGAAAAUAUCGAAAAUAUUGAGGUUAUGUGAAGUUAAUAAAAAAUUGUUUCGAGUUGUGAAUGAUCGAACGAACGAAUGUUCGAGGCAUCUCAAAGAGGUGUGAGUUUUAACGAUAAUCUUUAUAACUCGAUUAAUAAAAAGCCUCGAUUGACGUUAAUAUUUCGUCAUUUUGUAGUAAUUUAGAUCUGUUUAGAAUUGACUGAGAGAUAGGGAUAUAUUAACACCCUGCGAGAGAGAAGUGGAGAGGCAGGUUAGGGGAAUGGUAAUAUUUUUUUUUUUUUUUUUUGGUAUCUUAAUAUUCAUUUCGAGAAUCUAUUUCGAAUGAUAAGAGGGAUUUUAUGAAUCGCAUUUAUGAAUCAAUAUAUUUGAUUCAAGUUGGAGUUUAGGUCGAACUUUAAACAAUUCAUUGAAUGGAAAAUAUUGUAAUUGUAAUUGUAUUAAUAUAAAUUAUAUUUAUAUUCACUUUGCAUAUCUCGUCGAAGAAAUAGUUAUAAAAUGUAUAGAUAAUAAUGUGUGCAAAAGUAAAUUGUGUAAUAUUUUAUUAUUCGUCAAGGUGAUAAUAAAAAACGAGAGAGGCGUUUCUUCGCGAGUUUGUCGAGAGAUAAAUUUCUUGUAAAAUUUAAUGAAAUCGAUGGAUGAAAUAUUUAAUAAGAAUAUAUUAUGAUCGAGUUAUAUAGAAGAAAUAUAGGUGUUAAAUUAAUCAAAUUAGGAUUUCUUUUUUUUUUUUUUAAUAAGAUCCUGUUAAUUAUUUAUUAAUAAAAAUGUAAUAAUUAUCCCAUAUUAUCGAUGAUUUUAAAAAUUUCGAAAUCACGAAUUGUGAACCAUUUUAAUAAUUAUCGAUUCUUAUUUAAAAAUAUUCUUAUUUAUUUAACAGAUAUAUUAUCUAAUAAACAAGUUGAACAAAAUGAAAUUAGUAGAAACUUAGUAGAAACUUUCUACUAUCCUUAUAUAAGUGAAGUAAAUCUUAUCGAUCGACUUCACUUCAAUUUUUAAUUGAUCAUGAAAAAAAGAAAGAAAAAAAAAACGUUUUUUCGAAACAGUUCAGGAACAAUUCUUAUUUGAUUCUUGUGAAAAAAAAAAAACGAAACAAAAGGUGGAGAUUUCUUCUAGGAUCGAAUCUGAGUGAAUUGUCAAAGAUAAAUCGAGGAAUUUGAUGUUUCAAACAGUAUUCAAACAAGAUACGGAUGCAAAUAUCGUUGCACUUCAAUCGAUUAAAAACUAUCAUUUUUAACGAAGGAAGAAUCGUUGGUUCGAUCAAUGAAACAAUUGAGAGGUUGAAAAAAAUAAUUGGAAGGAACGAUCAAGAAGGAUAAUUCCUUUCCAAUUUUUUAUUUAUUUAUUUUUUUCUUUUCUAGAAAGAAGAACGAAAAACUUUCUAAAUUAUAAAAUUUUUUCUCGAUUUACAUUUUUGUUUAGAUACAAAAAAAAAAAAAUUACUCAUCAUUGUAUCAUUGAUAAUUAUAUUAUAUCUGAUUAAAUCAUAAAGUCGUGAUUUGAAAUUUAAGAGAAAAAGAUCCUUUUUAUUAUGAAUCUUUCAAUUUAUUAUUAUUAUUAUUAUUGUUAUUAUUAUUAUUAUUAUUAUUCAACGAUGGAUUAUUAUUAUUAGCAAUUAAAAAAUGAGGCACGACCCUGAAAUAGAGAUCUCAUGUACAAAAAAGCGCAUUGUUUUUUUUUUUUUUGUAAAUAAACUCGUCCCCGUCUCUAAUUAUCGUCCAUCAGACAAAUCAUCCAAAGAAAAAUCAUGAAAAAUGUACUGUACAUAUUACAUGCUCGCGCAUGAUUUUAAUCCCGUCAUCACAUUCAAUGAAUCUCGUCGAUGACACGUUUUCGAUUAUGUAGAUGUCGUAUAAUCAAUCAAUUAAUUAAUUUUCAACGAGUUCUUUAAUAAAAGAAAAAAAUUUUUUAUUCCA